AUUCGCCCCGAUAGCGGCGUAGUUAUCGCUUUCUUCGUACUCUCACCUGCUGGCUCCUAUACAACGUUUACACACCAGCCAUGGCUUCUCUCGUUCAUAACCACGAUGUUCUCGACAUGAUCACUCGCAUGCUUUCUCCGCAGCAGGCCAUACCCUUCUCAUCAUCUUCUCGCGACUUCCACGCUGCUGCACGCAAGCAUGCGUUUUCGUCUAUCAACCUUGAAAACGGUAUCACAGGUGCUUCAAGGCUUAUCAAAAUGUACCAAUCUCUCUUGAAAAGUAUGGACAACCGUACGAUCUGGCCCCGGAAACUCGAGGUCGACGCGUCAAUACUGCGACCCGAUCUGUAUGGGCCGCUACGAAUCAGAAGAAGGUUUGAGCAACUUAGUUUGGAUGCUCUCAUUGGCAUUCUCAAGAAUGCCUACGACCUGGAAGUCCUGUAUCUGGACGGAUGCGAGGAUGUGUUUGAGCGGGAUCAACGAAUUGCAGAGUGUGUGGUCACCCUGCCGAACAUCGCAGAGCUCCGUCUGGGUGGCAUGGGCAGAGCAAGCGUCGAUGUCUUGGACAGGAUGAUCAGCAGACCGAAGAUGCUGUGGCUCUACUUUGGGCGGGUUACGCCUAGUCAAAUGCUACAUGCCACUCGGGCAGCCGUGCUUGACCAUGUCGAGGAGCUCGUGGUGGAUGGCUUCCACCUCGUUCACCGGGAGGCUCAGAGGGAAGUCGAUUCACGCCGUCGACUCGGAAAAUCCUACCCAUCCCUCCGCAAGCUCACGCUCAUCGGCUGCACUGUUUAUCCCUUCCUUGAUCUGUUUCUCGACAUUCGCUGGUUGAGAGCGCUACAGUGCCGAUUCCCGGAGGACGUCGACGAAGUCUCGGACAAUGACUCUCCAGAUGACCAACCAGCGCAUGCGGGGUUCUCAUCACAGCGUCCUUUGCAACUGGAGCAUGUAUCGACCCUGUCGGACGACGCAGAACACAUUCCCGCUCCUCCGAGCAAUUCACUCGAACUGGUCCUCUUGUCAGAGCCCGUAUUUCCCUCGGAGGGACUCUCUGACAAGGUUUCCGGUGCGGUCCUCCUUCGGCUGUGGCUACAAGGCCGCGAAGUCAUGUCGUGUAGCUCCUUGACGCGCAUGGUUUCAUCGGGGCCGUCACGAGUGAGGUACCUCAUCUUGAGAAUGGACUCCCAAUCAUCGAUGACACGGUGGAUGGCGAAACUGCCUACCACAUUGGUUUCAUCGCAACUCAUCUGUAUGCGAGUCGAGACCGAGGUCGAGACGCCCGAUGGCACUCUAUCGGAGGACUCGGAGGACUCGGAGGACGAGUCGGAUAAGGAGGACUCGCCCAACAGCGCGUGGCCAGACUUGCUGCGGCGGAUGGAGACGGUUCACGUAUCUGCCAUACCCUCACUGCGCUUCUUUUCCGUGCUAUGCGACGUGCGUCGCUCGUCCUACACGGGGGGUCUGGUAUGCUCGAAGCUCACGUGGGGACGGGUCGAACGCGAUGGCGACUCGCGCGUCGUGAAGCCGAUCUCCAACGUAGUGGGCGAGUGCAUUCACCGCUACCUCCAGUCUCCGGAGUUCUGCAAGACGUUGCAGUUCGAUGAGGAUGCGGCUUUGCGAUACGCGUAGAGAGGCCGGCUGGACACUGGCUGGCUGGGUUCUGUUCAAGGGGAACGAAGCUCAGUGAAGCAGUUCAUUGGGAUUCAGCCACGGGGCAUCUGCGGUCCGCUCACGCGUAUGAACCUAUGUUUGAAGGCUGUUACUUACAAACCGCACGUUGAGACGAUAUCUGCGUACCGUCAUGUCGGCAUGUCGUGAUAUUCAUCUUCCCGGGCUCGGCGCAUUGUCUUUGUUACUGGCUUCCAAAGAGACACUUGGAUGUCGCCCGUGCGUCCGUGACCUUGCUGUACAUCAUUCUGGUCUGCAUCUUGCAAUGUCGGCAUAUUACGAUUGACAAUACAUAUAUGCUUAUGGACGGACACAUCGGCAUUUACGCCUACUCGAACGACCCCCACAGAAACCGGCUGCUGAUUCAAGUCACUUAC